CGAACGAGUGGAAAGGGGAAAAUGGCGGACCUCGAAGACGUUAAGCUGGACGGGAGGCCCCUACAAUCUCUUCGCGUGGCGGAUUUGAAAGCUGCUUUAGAGGAGCGCGGGCUUCCUAAAAGCGGACAGAAAAAUGCUCUCAUUAAGAGACUCAAAGGGGCUCUCAUGCUGGAGAACCUCCAGAGAACUUCACACCAUCACAUAGGACUGCAGCCAAACUCCCAGAUUGGUGAAGAGAUGAGCCAGAACAGCUUCAUAAAGCAGUAUUUGGCGAAACAGCAGGAGCUCUUGAGGCAGCGUCUGGAGAGAGAGGCCCGGGAAGCAGUCGAAGAUGAUGAUACAGACCAAGAGGACCACACACAGGACAAUAACAGCUCUGCCUGUGCUGCCCCAGACCCGGAUGUCGCACCCGUGUUGGUUGACCAGCUCAAGCUUCUUGGCCCCUCCGAGGGAGAGGGACUAGCAGGCCCAGCAAGCGAUGGAGAGGGGCACAUGUCCAGAGAUGGCCAUGUGUCUGGUCCACCUGCUCCUACCUCGCCUACCUCUGCCCCUGCUGCCGUUGCCUCUCUGGCUGUGCGUGUUGCUGGUGGCGAGCAGCGACCGGAGAGAGUCCCAACCUUUAGUCAAGUCCCAGCAGAUGGCGAUGAUGACGGCGCUGAUGAGGACUGGGAUAGCGGUGCCAGGAGGAGGAAUCUAGUAGAGCCACCAAGAGGCCAAUUAGCAAGAGCGAGGUCUGGAGGAUCCCACCAACACCCACAGCACAUUCCCCCCCUGUUGUCUCCGCAGCUUCGACAGCCUACCCCUCCUCCCUCCCCUCCCCCAGAGUUAUCAUUCCCACUGCCUGAUACACCUAAACAAAGCCCCCCUAGUCCAGGUGAGCCCCCAGCUAGGCAGUGUACUUCCAGUACCUCCAGCUCUGGCUCCUCUAGCAGUGGCAGUCGUAGUAGCAGCCCAGAGCCACAAAGCAAUGCAGAGCGCAAGCCUGGCCCACUGACCCUGCUGGCACGCAAGAUGGCAUCAGAGGGGGCUUUCUCUGGAGUUGGGUGGCAUGGACGUGGGGAUGCAGAGAGACAGGACAACAAUGCUGCAACUGCAACAAUGUCUUCUGGUAGAGGUCCUCAAGAGGGCAUAGUGUCUGCCAUCACCCACACAACCAAUGCUGCAGCCAGUUUGCCCUUCCCCAGACAGGUUACAGUAACCAACCAGGGAGUCCUUGGAGGCCAUCUCCCCCACAGUGAAGUUCCUGUGAGUGUGCUUAGGCCCACUAUUAUGGAAGAGCGAGAUGCUGCAUGGCAACAAGAAAACAAGGAAAAGGAGCUGCAGGCAGAGAGGGAAAGAGAAAAAGCCCUUGAGCAAGACAGACUUAGAGCUGUAGAGCAGGAAAAACUGGAGAGGCAGAGAAUAUUUGAGCAACAGCGUGCCGUGGAGCAAAAUAGGGAAAGAGCUUUGGAGCGAGGGAGGGAGAAGGCUUUGGAGGCAGAAAGGAAGGAAAGGGAAAAGGCUUUGGAGGCAGAAAGGGAGGAGACUGAGAGGCUUUGGAGAAAGAGAGGGAAGAGGGAGAGAAGGCUAUGGCAAGAGAGAAAGCCCUGGAGCUUGUUAGAGAGAAGGCUAUGCAGUUAGAAAAGCAGAGAGCCAUGGAACGAGAGCGAGCUUUGGAGCAAGAGAGGGAGGAGAGGGAAAGGGCUCUGGAGCGGGUGGAAAGGGAGAAAGCUUUGGAGCGAGAGAGGCAGGAAAGGGAGAAAUCCUUGGAGCGAGAACUGUUGGAGAGGGAGAAAGCUUUGGAGCUAGAGCGGCAGAAAGCUUUGGAACGGGAGGAGAGGGAGAAAGAGAGGGAGGAGAAGGCGAGGGCUUUGAAGCAAGAAAUAAUUGAACGUGCGAAAGCCCUUGAGAAAGAAAGAGCCAUGGAGAAAGAAAGAGA